AUGGCUUCCGCAAGAUUCGCCUUAUCGAGACAUGUGGGCCUCUGUCUUGCGAAAAGGAGCAUUGCGCCGCUCCGGCGCGAUGUCGGCGGGUUCCGUAUAAAAGAGUCUGGAGUUCCGAGAUGGAGAGGAGAGACACGGAUAACUGGACAGAUACGGUGGCAGAGUAGUGCUUCAUCAAAUCCCCAAACUACCAUACCACCACCACCACCGAAACCAGAUACCAAACGCCCCCUCUACAUUCGACUCCCUCUCGCCCUCGCCCUCACCUUCGUCACCUUCGUAGCAGGCUUCACCAUGGCCGGCGCCCCCGCCCUCGAGUCCCUCCGCGACAUUGCGAACCCGCCCACCGACGCCGAAACACUCACCCUCUUCACGCCCCCGACCGACGAGAUCGCCGCAAUCGAAGCCGCAAUCUUCGCGCACCCGCUCACAAAAUCCCUACUCGCAGACAACAAAUACAUCGCCUCGCGCCCGCACCUCAAGAUCCCCGAGCCAUUAAAAGCGCAAAACCUGACAGGCGGCACGCUCCUGGGGCCUGACAAGAUCGCCGUCCCACCACUGCAGUUCUCCACCGAAGACGGGAGCAAAUUCGUCAGCAUACAGUACCUGGGCACGGCGCUGUGCGGACACCCCGGUAUCGUGCAUGGCGGGCUCCUUGCUACAUUGCUUGACGAAGGGCUCGCGCGGUGCUGCUUCCCUGCGCUCCCGAAUAAGGUUGCUGUUACGGCGAGCUUGAAGAUCGAUUACAAGGCGCCGUGUAUGGCGGGGCAGGUCGUUGUGUUGCGGGCUGAGACAACAAAGGUCGAGGGCAGGAAGGCGUGGGUCAAGGGCCGGUUGGAGACGCUGGUCGAUGAGAGUCAGGGGGAGAAACCGAUUGUGCUUACCGAGGGGGAGGCAUUGUUUAUUGAGCCAAGGCAGGCGCAACACUUGAAGAGGGUUGUGGUUUAG